GAUCUUUACUUGUGGUCUACAACAGCCGGCAUACAUAUCGCGUUGUUUAUAUUGUUCAUUUUAAAAGUCAAUAAUUAAUUAGUCAUGAAAGAAAGAGAACUUAAGCGUGCCUACAACAAUGUCGUGGCUCAAACUAUAUCAACUUCUCAAAAAUUCCUUUUUGCGGGUAAUCAAUUUGGCGACAUUUUCAUACUCAGCUUAAAAGAACUGGAGAAGGGCAGCGAGGAGCCGCCAAACAAGUUUGUGAUACGUCCGCAAGGAAGCGAUGUUGCCAUCAAUUGUCUCGCCUUUCAUCGUGACUUUCUCAUAGUUGGCGCAAUUGGCAUCAUCUAUGGGCUGAAGUGGAACGAGGAAGAGGAAAUUUUGAGUACAAAGCGAGCCUGGGAAAUCAAAAUUCCCAUGCAAAUUGAUGCUGUCCAAGUGCCAGAUGUAAACUGUCUUUGGCUGUGCCCGGAAACAGAUGCAUUGUAUGCCGGGUGUGGCGAUAAUGUAAUUCAUAAAAUUAAUCUGGAAGAUGGACGCAUAGAGCGUGAAUUCAGAGGACACACCGACUACAUACACUGCGUGGUGGGACAGUCAGAUGGACGCAUCUAUUCUGGUGCCGAGGACGGCACUGUGCGCGCCUGGUGCGACAAACAACAGCAGGAGACGUCGCAAAUGGAACCCUACAAAAAUCCCGAUCUGCUGCGACCGGAUUGGGGCAAAUGGAUUGGUGCCAUCUCUGUCAACGAUGGUUGGCUGAUUUGCGGUGGCGGACCACGUCCUGCUAUCUUUCAUUUGGACUCUAUGCAAUAUACACGAGCCUUUGAUUUUCCUGGCCGUGUGCAUGUUUGUGAUUUUGUGGAUGACUCAGUUUUCAUUGGUGGCGAGCACAAUCAUGUUCAGUUCUACACACUCAACGGCACAUUGCAGGCAAACAUUCCCGUAGAGCACACGGCUAGCUACUCGGCUGUAUGGCAAUUGAGUCCAUUCAAGUUCAUGUCAAUAGUUGGCUUCAGCAACAAGUUGCACAUACUAAAAGAUUUUCGAUUUCUAGACAGCAAACUUGAAUUAUACACCGAAGAUAGUGACGCUGACAAUGAGGAACCAUUCGACGAGGAUGCUUCAUUUUAGUGUAUUUAGUUGUAAGCACCUUAAUUCUAUGUAAAUAAACGCAUUUAGUUUUGGUACU